UUUCUUUCCCUCUCUGCCACUGUCUCCGCUACCCCUUCGGCAGACGGUCGACCGGCAUUGUGUCGCGAUGAACUGGAGACCUGGACAGCCGGUGAAGCGGCCCUGUUUGAGGAGGCCCUCGAAAAGUACUCCAAAUUCUUCCCCGACAUUCUCACCGACUUCCUGCCCUGGAAGACGCCCAAAUCGAUUGUCGAGCUGUACUAUUUCUGGAAGACCACUGAGCGCUACACUCGACAUCGGCGCAAUAAGAUGACCUCACAUGAGCACAAGUUGAAACAGGUGUACAUUCCCAACUACAGUAAGCCCAAUUCGGCUGUCCUCUACAACCGCAACGACUCCACGGAUCGUGGCUGUGCUUGUUGUCAUGGUGAGUGUCCACCCGGUUGCCGGAGUCCUAACGCAUAA